GCUGUUGGCUGCACACAUUGGUUGCUUCUAUGGGUCAAACCGCACACUCCUCCUCCUCCUCCUCAUUUUUGGGUCCGAAACUACAUCGAGAUUUCGAAUACAGUAUUACGUUACUGGUCCUGCUGGAAAAUGGCGACUGCGAUCCAGAAUCCAUUAAAAUCGCUGGGCGACCAGUUCUACAAGGACGCCAUCGAGCAGUGCCGCAGUUACAAUUCCCGCCUGCGCGCUGAGCGCAGCGUGCGGAUGCCCUUCCUGGACUCGCAAACCGGCGUUGCUCAGAACAACUGCUACAUCUGGAUGGAGAAAUGCCAGCGGCAGCCAGGCAGGGUGUCAGGACAGAUGUACGCCUACCCGGCACGUUGCUGGCGAAAGAAACGUCGACUCCACCAACCCCUUGAUCCCCAACUACGCUUGUGCGAGCUUCGGCUAGAGGCCGAGCUGGCCCCCAAGCGUGAAGGCCCCCCAGGGGAGGCCACAGCCCUGGAGGCCCUUCUUAGGGGAGACAACCUCCUGGAGAAAAAAGGCAACGUGUGCAAGGAGGAGGAGACUUUGCUGGAAAUCCAGAGAGUGCUGGAAGCCGAGGAAAACGGUGACAGCUUUCAAGACGACGAAGAUUUUGAAGCGGAAACGCCCAAGAGGAAGAACAGAAACAGAGGCAAAAACAGAGGCUCCAGUCGCAAGAAGAGCGAAGCGCUCAGCGUGGACGACCAGGACAAACCUUACGUUUGCGACAAUAGACACAAACAAAAGCAUAACUCAAAAAAGGCUGAAGAAGUCUGCGGAAAGCGUUACAAGAACCGUCCUGGCCUGAGCUACCACUACACGCACACUCAUCUGGCAGAGGAGGAAGGGGGCGAUGACGAGAAGGAGAGCGAGCCGGCCUCGUCCCCCCCGCGACCUGACAACCACAAACCUCAGAAAGGUCCCGACGGCGUCGUCAUUCCCAAUGACUACUGCGACUUCUGCUUGGGGGACCAGGACUCCAACAGGAAGACGGGCCAGGCCGAGGAGCUGGUGUCCUGCUCCGAUUGCGGACGCUCGGGCCACCCGACAUGUCUGCAGUUCACAGACAACAUGAUGCACGCGGUGAGAACGUACCAGUGGCAGUGCAUUGAGUGCAAGUCCUGCAGCCUCUGCGGCACCUCCGAAAAUGACGACCAGCUGCUGUUUUGUGACGACUGCGACCGAGGCUAUCACAUGUAUUGCCUCAAGCCCCCCAUGACCCAGCCUCCAGAAGGAAGCUGGAGUUGUCACGUGUGCGUUGACCUGUUGAAGGACAAGGCCUCAUCCUUUGGCGACGUAUAAUGGCCGCCUCUCUGGCAGUGUACACACACAAUAUAGCCUUUAAAUUCAGUUUCGUCAUGUUUUUUGCUGAAUCAGACUGUGUGUGGGUGUACCUAAUGAAGUGUCCAUUGAGUGUAUUUACAAUGUACAAUACAGCCCCCUCUAUACAUACACACACACACACACACACGCCAAUGCAGUUUUUUGGAUUGAUUUUUUUUUUCCCCCCUCUCUACCUCUCAUGUAGCAGAGACAACCUUAUGCUAAUCAGUCUACCUCACCGAUCAAGCACAUCUCUUGAUUACUUAUGUCAGUUUUUCUCAACAAGCGUAACUUGCGUAAUUUCAUGUUAGACUUUGUGAAACAAAAAUAAAUGUCUUGUAAAUUUGA